AUGGAUCCACAGGAACACGUGACUUCCUAUACUUGUGCCAUAAAAGGCAAUGAUCUCAAAGAUGACGAAAUUGAGUCAGUGCUGCUAAAGAACUUCAGCGAGACGUUGUCCAAAGGGGCAAUGACAUGGUAUUCUAUGCUUCCUGAACACUCUAUUAACUCAUUUGAAAUGCUUGCAGAUACUUUUUUUAAGGGUCAUGCUAGAGCUCGGAAGGUUCAAGCAAGGAAAGCUGAUAUAUUUUGGAUCGCCCAAAAGGACAACGAAUUACUACGAGAAUUCGUAUCAAGAUUCCAAAAGGAACAGAUGCUUUCGCCCCCGGUUCCGGAAGAAUGGGCAGCACAAGCUUUCACCAAGGGGAAAAUCCCUCGGAGUUCCGCCACCUCAUUUAAACUGAAGGAGAACUUAUUAGAGUACGAGGCCGUGACAUGGGCUGAUGUCCACAACAAGUAUGAGUCCAAAAUCCGAGUGGAGGUUGAUCAACUCAAGCUCCCACCAGCCAUUGGCCAUAUUAAGGACAUGAGAUGGACAAGGCCACUUCGGUUCGAUCCUGCUCAAAUAGAUCCGAAUGUGGUGUGCGAGUACCACGAUACUCAUGGUCAUCGGACUGAGGACUGUCGGCAACUAAGGGAUGAAGUAGAUCGACUGUUGAAGAACGGGCACUUGCAUGAAUUCUUAAGUAUCGAGAAAAAGGAAAUUACAAAAGCAGGGAAACGAAUAAGCAGGUUGAACCAGUGGAACCUCAACACGUGA